CCACCUGUCUCGUCUCGUUCUCGUCUCGUAUCUGGGAUGUGCUCCGUAACCGAUAAGGCGAUGAAAACAAGCUUUUUCCCUGUAUCCCCUUCUGUCGCGCAACGACCACUUUUUUUCUUCUUUUUCUGGGUCAGUGUUGCAUUUAACGGAAGACGUGCGAGCCCCGUUGCACUCGAUAUUGCUUCCAGAUUCCGUUUUUUAUAUCCGUUUCCUCUCCAGCUUCACCCCCACUCUUUGUCCGUUAUCCGCUGUUACUCCUCAAAGCUUGUUUCCCUAUAAAUCAAAGGAGAACCGUGUCAUUUAAUUGUGGUUAAACAUUCACUUCACUUCACCUCACUCAGCCUUGCACAAACAAAGCCAUUACCUUGCUUACAUAGGUGCAGAACAGCUUGAAUUUUGGAUUCAAGCAAGCAAAACAAUAUAAUAUCAGAGAAACUCAAUACCAGAAGACAACAUGUCGUUUCAUAACAGAAAGUUCUCCAUAAACAGGACCACGGGGACUCCAAGAUUGUCGUCCAAGAUGAACAGAAGAUUCUCUACACAUGAACCUUCUCCCAGUGGUAAGUUAUUAGUUUCACUCCUCACCCUCUCUUUUGGAACCUAUCUACAGCCUGGAAGAGCUACAGAGCGCCCUCUACAUAUUGCACUCUUCUUUUGAACAGUAGCUUUUCUUUAACGGCACAAUCUCGGACAACAUUUUCAAAAUGUUGAGGAUUGCGGGGCAGAAAUUUCAAAGAUAACUGUAUUAUUAUUUGUAAAAUUCUCUAUCUGUACAUGGAGGAGACAGCAUUGUUUAGUCUUGCUUCCUAAAACAUAACUAACCAUGGACCUAGAAAUGGACUCCAAGAUCCACAAGCAGUUCCGAAAUGCCCACGAAGGUCACAAAUCUCACGCUGGACUCGAUCCAACCCGUGCCUCUACUGGUGUAGUCUGGUGUACCGAGAGAGCCUACGAGCACGGAUUUGCCGAAGAGCCCGAGAAAUGGGCAAACCUUGGACAAGGAGCUCCUGAAGUUGACGACGAAAUUGCUGGUAGUUUCAAGCGUCCCGAGAGCAUCGACAUCACAAUGACAGGCAGAGAAUAUGGUCCUACAGCCGGUAUCAAGAGUUUGAGAGCUGCUGUCGCAAACCUGUACAAUGCCCACCAUAGACAGGGCAAGGAAAGUCAAUAUACUUGGGAAAAUGUGUGCAUUGUUCCAGGUGGUCGCGCUGGGUUGAUCAGAAUUGCUGCAGUAUUGAAUAAUGCAUACUUGGGCUUCUUCAUUCCUGAUUAUACUGCAUACAACGAGAUGUUGUCAUUGUUCAAGAACGUAAGUCAACCAUGUUACCUUUACCAGUCGAAAAAGAAUUCCUGAAGGCUUACUUUUAUUAGUUUGCGGCAAUUCCAUCCCCUCUAUCAGAGGAUGAUGGUUACCACAUCCACCCCAGUAAGAUCGAGGAAGAAAUUGCUCGUGGUACCUCUGUUAUCUUGACUUCAAACCCUAGAAAUCCUACAGGAAAGGUUGUCAAGAACCCUGAGCUUGCCGAGAUCCAAGAUAUCUGCAGAGACAGAGCUACUCUCAUCAUGGAUGAAUUUUACGGAGGAUACAACUAUACCAGUGACUGCGAUGGUACCACCAUCAGUGCUGCAGAAAAUAUUGUGGACGUGGACGAGGAUGAUGUGUUGAUCAUUGAUGGUCUCACCAAACGCUUCAGAUUACCCGGAUGGAGAAUUGCUUGGAUUGUUGGACCAAAGGUUUGCAUCUUUCUCCUUACCGACAAUAUGGACUUUGCUAAUGGUGAAAUAGGAAUUCAUCAAGGCUAUUGGCUCAUGUGGUUCAUACCUUGAUGGUGGUGCCAAUGUUCCCUUCCAGGAAGCUGCUAUCUCUAUGCUUGAACCUAACAAGGUUAGGGAAGAAAUGAAGGCUUUACAAAGUCAUUUCCGUGAGAAGCGUGACUAUGUUAUCUCCCGCCUUCGUGAGAUGGGUUUUAAAAUCAAGGAAGUGCCUGACAGUACUUUCUACUUGUGGUUGGGUGAGUCUCCAGAAGUGAUCAUCAUCCACAAGCUCAAAUUCUAAUGUGCGAAAUUACAGAUCUCGAAGGACUCCCAGCCGCUAUCUCUGAUGGUCUCAACUUUUUCCAAGCCUGUCUUGAGGAGCGUGUCAUCGUUGUACCUGGUAUCUUUUUCGACUUGAACCCAAGUAAGAGAAGAGAUCUGUUCGAUAGUCCUUGUCACCAUUUUGUACGAUUUUCUUAUGGUCCAACUAUGGAAACUUUGAAAAUGGGUUUGGAUGGUAUCGAGAGAGUGGUUAAAAAGUAAGUUAUUAAUCUGAAGUCUGAAAAGGGUAUUACCGGGCGUGCAUACUAACAAGUGAGCAGAUUCACAAAGCCUGGGGAACCACUAGAGCAAGCUGUACAGGAAGAUGAAGAAUAGGAAUUUAGGAUGUGAGAAGAAUAGACAGAACAAGUUUAAUGAGCUACCCGACUUACGAACAUAAGUUUUCAGCGUUGAUAUUUGGACAUAUAAGAUUUGUAUGAUGAAUAAAAUACGUACAUUUCAAUUCAAAUAAAUACCCGAACACUACUUUC